AUGACGUACGACUACGGCAGCAUUAUGCACUACGGCGGAACUAGUGCAUCGUUCAACAAAAAGCCAACAAUGGUUCCGUUUGACAUCGAUUAUCAGCAGACCCUUGGAUCUCCAUUCAUUUCUUUCAUCGAACUCUCAAUGCUCAAUGAACACUACGGAUGCAAAGCGAUCUGUAACAAAUCUACAUCGGUUAAAUGCGAGAUGGGCGGAUUCCCUCAUCCACGAGACUGCCAAAGAUGCAUAUGUCCUGGUGGCUAUGGUGGACCUCGAUGCAAUAAGAAACCAGUAACAAAGUGCAGCCAUAAAAUUUAUGCUUCCCCUAACUGGACGAGACUCGAGGAUACUAUUGGCCUUGGCCGUGGUGAGCAGGAAGAUUUCGAGAUAUGUCACUACCGGAUUAAG